CUCUAAAGUCAGUAGAUAUAGUGACUUUAAGGAAUCACUAGAGAUAGCGUGUUUUAUAUGGUACUUUUGCCGCUUUCUACCGCCUACCGCAUUCCGUUUAUUAUAGAUCCAUUCGUUAUUUAUUAAAGAAAAGUAAUUUAUAGUGCAAUUGUUAUAAUGUUUCGUAAAGUUACUUUAGGAAUGCGCAGUCAAAUUGGUCGAUUAAACAAUAUGCGAUACUCGUCGCAAAAUUUUUAUCAAGAAGUAAAUGAUACGACGAAAGUAGAAAAGAGUAUAAAUAAUGUAACCUUACUUGGAAGGGUUGGAGCAGAUCCACAGAAACGUGGAAGCUCGGAACAUCCAGUUAUAAUAUUCUCUCUUGCAACACAUACAAAUUAUAAAUAUGAAACAGGUAAUUAUAUGCAAAAAACAGAGUGGCAUAAAGUAUGUGUCUUUAAACCUAAUUUAAGGGAUGCUGUAUAUAGCUAUUUAAAAAAGGGCCAGCGAGUAAUGGUAAAUGGUAGGAUAAGUUAUAGUGAAUUUAAAGAUGAAGAAGGAAAUCCGCGUCCCAGUACAGCUAUUAUAGCAGAUGAUGUAAUAUUUUUCCAAUAACAAGCCUUUGA